AUGGCCAACGGAUUAGCCGAAGAGUUGGCGGAAUUGGUGGACCGGGCGCAGGAUUUGAUGGAUCAGGCUGGGCAGUCAAGCAACUUCCGUACUCUGCUCGAUGCGAAACGUUUAGCCACGCUGCAACGACUAUACGAUCAGUGCACCGAGUGCGAGGAUGUCCAGGAGAAAGAGCUGAGUCCGUUGCUUAAGAAGAGAAAGCAUGUACCUGAGGUCCUUCUCGGUGGCCCUAGGGAUCCUUGGAAACGCAUCACAAACCUUGAGCAUCUUCCCGAAGUUCCUGAGUACGUCAACGCGCACAUCCGCAAGCAUCCAGGGAAUGCAGAAGAUGAGAAAUUCCUCGGAAUUUUGAGUCUUACUAGCAACUGCGGCCAGUAUAACUCUACGAACGACCUUGGUAACGCAUUCAUGGCUCGCUACAGUUGGACUCAGCAAGUGGAACGUCGCGAUGAUAAGAUACACAUCCUCCAGCUGUUUAACGACCUUUUCUGGUUUGACAUAAUGCAACUGUUGAGGCCUCGGGGCACUGGUCGAGUGGGCGCUAUAAUGCGUGAUGAGUUGGACAAAUUCUUGACACCAUUAGACUUCGAUCAAAUGAAACUCCAGAAAGAGGAGGUGAUGGAGAAUGUUGGCGAUUGGAGUAUUCGCGGCUCAAAGAUCAACAAGCUUUGCAGCCGAUAUGGGCCUGGUGUCAUCAUAGUCCUUCACAGGCAACUCUCGAGAAGCUUUCUCGAGGGCAAGUUCACAGCUUCUGGGCCCUACUUUGAAGGGGCUAUUCAUCGACUAGACGAUCUCAAACUCCACAACUACUUGGAGAACACGAACACUGGCUCGCUUGGCAUCAGUAUCCGCCAGCUUCUGAUACGACCAUUCCAAGAAGCGUUCUGGCAGAGCGAGCGCGCGCGAAACGCAGUUUGA